GGGGCUCCCUCUCUCCCCUGCCCUGCCCUGGGCCAGCCUGGCACCCCAGAGCCCCGCGAGGCCACCAUGGCGACCAAUUUCAACGACAUCGUCAAGCAAGGCUACGUGAGGAUGAAGAGCAGGAAGCUGGGGAUCUACCGGCGGUGCUGGCUGGUGUUCCGGAAAUCCUCCAGCAAGGGGCCCCAGCGGCUGGAGAAGUAUCCAGACGAGAAGUCAGUGUGCCUCCGAGGCUGCCCUAAGGUGACUGAGAUCAGCAACGUCAAGUGUGUCACGAGGCUCCCCAAGGAGACCAAGCGGCAAGCGGUGGCCAUCAUAUUCACUGACGACUCGGCACGCACCUUCACCUGCGACUCAGAGCUGGAGGCGGAGGAAUGGUACAAGACCCUGUCUGUGGAGUGUCUGGGAUCGCGGCUCAACGACAUCAGCCUGGGAGAGCCCGACCUCCUGGCCCCUGGGGUACAGUGUGAGCAGACAGAUCGCUUCAACGUCUUCCUGCUGCCCUGCCCCAACCUGGACGUGUACGGCGAGUGCAAGCUGCAGAUCACCCACGAGAACAUCUACCUCUGGGACAUACACAACCCCCGCGUGAAGCUCGUCUCGUGGCCGCUCUGCUCGCUACGCCGCUACGGCCGGGAUGCCACACGGUUCACCUUUGAGGCUGGCCGGAUGUGCGACGCUGGCGAGGGGCUCUACACCUUCCAGACGCAGGAGGGGGAGCAGAUUUACCAGCGGGUCCACAGCGCCACCCUCGCCAUCGCCGAGCAGCACAAGAGGGUUCUGCUGGAGAUGGAGAAGAACGUGAGGCUGCUGAACAAGGGCACGGAGCACUACUCGUAUCCCUGCACGCCCACCACCAUGCUGCCCCGCAGCGCCUACUGGCACCACAUCACAGGCUCCCAGAACAUCGCCGAGUCCGCCAGCUAUGCCGGUGAGGGGUACGGGACGGCCCAGGCCAGCUCGGAAACGGACCUCCUCAACAGAUUCAUCCUGCUAAAGCCAAAGUCGAGCCAGGGCGACAGCAGCGACACCAAGGCCCCAUCCCAGUGACGGCAGGGCCGACACGCACCGAUGACUGCCGGGCCGCCCGCGGCAGGGCGGACUGCGGCCUCCUGCGGGACGGUCUCGAGGGGCUGUUAGCCAAGAGCCUGGAGGAAGGGAGCAAGCUGCUCCCUCUCUGCCCCGAAGAAGGGUGAGGCUGGACCAAGGCCAGGGGCUGGCCACACCGCCUGAGCAUGUGUGAGGGGCUGGAGCUCCGCGGGACUAUAUACUGUUAAUGAUUUUAAUAUAUAUGGCUUAUGACAUAUUCUAUAUUAAUGAGAUUCCCCCCUCUAUCCCUUCCCGCCAACACAUACACUUUUCUUAAUCCCAUGACCAGGCCAGGGUCAAGGCUGCUGUUGAGUUUGAGGGCAGUAGGUUGCCCGCCCUCCAUGGUGCAGCCCUCCUGUACCAGGACCUGCUUUGAACUGCCAGGGCCAGAGGAGGGGACAAUUCACUCACGGCUGGCGCUGACCGCUGCCUUCUCCUAAGCAGCCCGGGGCCAGGGUGGCAGGUGGCCUCAUUGUCCCUGAGUGGCACAGGGAGGACCUGGAUUGUGCCACUCAGCGGCCUUGCACUUGGGCGUUUUAAGCAGAGGUGACAUCUGGUUGAAAACGUAUUUUUUGCGCAGGCUCCUUCCUGUUCAGCAGGCUAAGGGGCCCUGGGGUGGGGUGCUGAGUACCCCAGGGCUGGGCCAGGCACCCCUGCUGCCCCUCACUGACCAGGGUGGACAGCGCCCCAGCAGAGGGAGCUCCUCCCCCCGGGUCUGGCCAGCCAUAGGCUGGCCAGAAGCACUCAGAAACCAAGCCCUUCCCACUUGCUCUCCCCCUAUGGUGCUGAGGCUCCCUGCUGAGAUGCAAUUAAAGCAAUUGAUUUUCUAGUGCAGAAGGGCUAUCUUUUUAUUCACGUCCAACCUUCAGUUGUGUGAGGUGGGGUUUUGUUUGUUUCUUUUAAUACUCUGGGGUUCUGAUUUGUGGGACUAGACUUUCUUGUAAAUAACCACUGCUGAAGCCGAGGCAGGAGGAGGACAAAACGGGAGCCCCUCCCAGAGGAGCCCUGGAGCCAGGGAGCCCGCCCAGCCAGCGCAGCUCCUGACCUGGGGCCUGGCCGCCCCAAGCCCUGGGGACAGAGGCCCGGCUGGCUGGCUCAGCUAGUGGCACGAUGACGCAUGAAGGAGAUUAUGUUGUGCUCUUUAUUGCCAAAAAUAAAAACUUUUAAAAAUACAA